AUGCACUUGCCAAGGGAAUCCGAAUAUACUGAUGCUAUGCAACCAGAUACUCCGUCUUUCGAGGAGUGGUGCAUACAGCGAGCAAAUGCUAGUGUUCACUUUGACUACUGGCUUAAGACGUUGUCAUUGGAGCUUCUCUUGUUGCGGUACAUUAGAUCACUACGUGAAGGUAACUUCCAACUGUACAUGGACUCCCUGACGCAGAUCAUGCCUUGGAUGUUCGCUCUAGAUCAUACACACUACUCGAGAUGGCUUUCCGUACACAUCCGCGACAUGACGACACUUGCUGAAAAACACCCAGAUGUUUUCGCUGAAUUCAAGUUAGGAAACUUUGUGGUACACAAAACCAGCAACAAAUUCUCUCCCAUGGCACUUGAUCAGUCUCACGAGCAGAACAAUGCAAUGGUGAAAGGCUCUGGUGGGGCUAUUGGAUUGACCGGCAAUCCUGGAGCACUGAGACGUUGGAUGGUAGCAGGGCCAGAAAUCGCCAGACUUACAACAGAGUUUGAGGAACAGGCCAUGAAGCAACAUCAUGACACUAAAUGCAGUCAUCAUGACCAGCAACCUGGGGUGCAAGCAGCAUUCUUGAAAGAGCUUAAAGCACUUGUAACAGUGCUGGACGAGAUGGGAAAUCCGUUCUUAGAACACAGUGAAGACCUACUAGUCAUUGAUACACGGGACAUUGUAGACGCUGAAGUGGCAGAAACUGUGAGAAAGAUCGAGACCCUGGGUGAAGAGCAAUACAUCAAGUUUGUCACAGAGAGGCUAGAACAGUGUAAACACCUAUCACGGAAACACUUCCAAAGAACAAGCUGCCAUUGUUUAGUAGGCCGCCUGUCAAAGUUCAAUCAAAACAGAAAGCACAGCUGGCGGCACUGAAGAGUGACUGUGGUCUCUUUUCGAGGUUAUACAUCUCUUGUCAAACUCGUGAUGGAGACAUCGACACAUUCUUUGCUCAUGAAAACCAGUCAGCUCCACCAGCUCUGUCAAUUGCAGGAAAGAUGCGGAGUGGUGUUAAAGCAGAUCUACUUCGCUGUCUGGAAGCAGAUUUGCCUGAACAAAAUGGCGUGCCAGUGGUUGAUGCAACAAUUCUUGAUGGUGCAGCUGUGGUCCAAAUGCUGAAUCCUGGAACAUCAAAAACUUUUCAAGAAUAUGGUGAAAGAGUGUUUACACCGUACAUCGCUGCCCAAUUCCAGAAGAGUCACCGCGUCGACCUUGUCUGGGAUUUAUACCUACCUGCAAGCCUGAAGGCCUCCACCAGGCAGAAGAGGGGGAAAGGAACCAGGAAAAGGGUCGCUCCUUCCACUGCAAUGCCUAAGAACUGGAAGAACUUCCUUCGAGUCGAUCAGAACAAGACUGAAUUGUUCACUUUCUUGUCACAAAAAGUUGUUCAUAUUCCGCUAGCAGAUGGCAAGGAACUAUAUGCAAGUGAUGGAAGUGGAGUCCUCUGUUCUCCUGCUGAGUCUAACUUAGCCCGCCUUGCCCCGUGUUCGCAAGAGGAAGCCGACACUCGUCUACUUCUGCAUGUGGCAGAUGCUGUGCAAAAGGGGUGUACAAAGAUCACUAUACGAACCGUUGAUACUGAAGUAGUGGUACUGGCUGUGGCUUCAUUCAGCAAGAUUGGCCCUGAUGAGCUAUGGAUUGCUUUUGGCGCCGGAUCAAGUUUUCGGUACAUAGCUAUUCACGAAAUAGUUUCCACAGUGUCUCCCUCAGAAUGUCUCACUCUUCCAGUCUUUCACGCAUAUACUGGCUGUGAUACUGUAUCUACAUUCGCUGGCAGAGGAAAGAAGACAGCAUGGCAAACAUUGAAGUCUUUUCCAGACGUGAUUUACGCAUUCAGUGAACUCCUAUGCAUGCCAAAUGAGAUCAGUGAAAAAGCUUUGUUACUCCUAGAGCGAUAUGUGGUGUUGAUGUACGACCGAACCAGCGAGAGUACUAACGUCAAUGAUGCCAGGAAACAGCUAUUCACACAGAAGUCUAGAACUUUAGAAAACAUCCCUCCAACACAAGCUGCACUCAAGCAACAUAUCAAGCGGACUCGCUACCAGGCUCACUGUUGGAACCAGGCAUUAGUGAAGGAUCCAGAGAUGCCAGACCCAUCUGACUGGGGAUAA